UCCUCCUCGCCCGUCCCCGUGAUGCUUGUCACGUGUGUUUUCCAAUUCCGCAGAGCCUGCCGGUCUCCUUCCCCUUCCUCCUUCCCUUGGAUCCCCUUCAUCUUCUUGGGCCCGGCUGGCCAAGGGCUCUUGGCAACCUGCGCGCCGGGAGUAUUUCAUCGCUGUCCUCCCAAAUCAUCAGCAUCAUAGUAAAGCGACAAAAAUGACAGAAUUCUGGCUGAUUUCUGCUCCUGGGGAGAAAACAUGUCAGCAGACAUGGGAGAAGUUGUGUGCUGCAACUAUGAAAAAUAACAAUCUCUCUAGCAAUGCCAAAUUUAAUAUUCCAGAUUUAAAGGUUGGCACCCUUGAUGUUUUAGUUGGUUUGUCUGAUGAGUUGGCUAAACUGGAUGCAUUUGUGGAAGGUGUUGUCAAGAAAGUGGCACAGUAUAUGGCUGAUGUGCUGGAAGACAGCAGAGAUAAAGUUCAGGAAAAUCUUCUGGCCAAUGGAGUUGAUUUGGUCACCUACAUAACAAGGUUCCAGUGGGAUAUGGCGAAGUAUCCAAUCAAGCAAUCUCUUAAAAAUAUUUCUGAAAUAAUUGCCAAGGGAGUGACUCAGAUUGACAAUGAUCUCAAGGCAAGAGCUUCUGCAUACAACAGUCUGAAAGGCAACCUUCAGAACUUGGAAAGAAAGAAUGCGGGGAGUCUACUAACAAGAAGUCUGGCUGAAAUUGUGAAGAAAGAUGACUUUGUACUUGAUUCCGAAUACUUGGUUACUUUGUUAGUGGUUGUACCAAAGUCAAAUUAUAAUGAUUGGAUGAAGCAGUAUGAAACCUUGACCGAUAUGAUAGUUCCACGAUCCAGCAAUGUACUUUCCGAGGACCAGGAUAGUUACCUCUGUAAUGUCACCUUGUUCAAGAAGGCAGUUGAUGAGUUCAGACAUAAAGCCCGGGAAAACAAGUUUAUGGUCCGUGACUUUCAGUACAAUGAAGAAGAAAUGAAGGCAGACAAAGAGGAGAUGAACAGGCUCUCUACUGACAAAAAGAAACAGUUUGGACCUCUAGUUCGGUGGCUGAAAGUGAAUUUCAGUGAAGCUUUUAUUGCAUGGAUUCAUGUGAAAGCACUAAGAGUCUUUGUUGAAUCUGUUCUAAGGUAUGGUUUGCCAGUUAACUUCCAGGCAAUGCUCUUACAGCCCAACAAGAGAACAAUGAAAAAAUUGAGAGAGGUUCUCUAUGAUUUGUACAAGCAUCUUGACAGCAGUGCGGCAGCCAUCAUUGAUGCAACUAUGGAUAUUCCAGGUUUGAAUCUCAGUCAGCAGGAAUACUACCCCUAUGUGUAUUAUAAGAUAGACUGCAACCUGCUCGAAUUCAAGUAGACCGUUCUGGCCCAGACCAUACCCUCCUAGUGUUGGUGUACAAGCAGAAAAGGUUGAAGAUUGGUGAUACUUCCUAACAACUGUCUUGUAAACCUGUGCUUGCUUCUUUUCCCAUUUGCCUAGGACAAUAAUUACCCCUAGUGGUCCAUCUCUUGACAUUUUCUUUUUAAAGAGAAAUGUAAGUAUUGCUUUUAAUUGAUCAGGUCUGUAAAUGUAUAUUGAGAGAAUCAGAGUGUAUUUAUAAAUAGUUCUUUAUUUAAAAGAGGAGGUCAUUCUGCUUUCCUACCAUGGUCUCUUAUCAAUUCCAUUGAUUUUCCUCCAUGAUGACCUUGUUUACAAAGGAAGAACAAGCAUAUGCCAUUUUGUUCACUGUGUUUCAUAGAUAUAUUGUAAACAUUGUUAUUGAAUUGUGUUGUAAAAUAUGUGGAGACUGAUAUUCAGUCGGUGCUUUCUGAAUGUUUUAAAUUUACAUUAAGCACUGGAAACAUUCACAGGAAAAAAUAAAGCACCACUACAACUGUA